AUGCAAGCCAAGGCUGCCGUAGGUCACGCACGCCUGCGUGUCGGCGGCGGGGGUGCUGUGCGAGCACGUGUACCCGUCACGCGUCCCACUCAGCGCAGGAUUGAAGCACGUCGAGUCAUGGCAGAACACGCACCCCUCGUGCUGCCCGCACACCUUGCACCCGUCCAACGAGUACGCGCGGCACGCGUCAGCAGGAGCCUUGCUGCAGCCCGCGCCGCUCCACCCAUCCCGACAUUCGCACACGCCGCAGUUGCACCGCCCACCAACAGCAUCGCACCCGGCGCAGCUCCUCGGCGGCACGCUCCCACUGCUCGCGUUGACGCACGCUGCCUCGCACGCACCUCCGUUGCACAGGCACGACCCACUGCCGUUGAUCCCGUCGUCGCACUCGCUGCCCGUCCAGCACGCAGGGCACGCCACGCAGCUGCGGCCGUGGUACCCCGGCUGACACUGGCACGUGCCCGAGGACUCGUCGCACCAGCCGUUCAAUCCGCAGUCUUUGCAGCUCGACCUCGGCACGAAGCGGACGUGCAGCCCACUGCGCAGGAGGCCUUGCGGGAUCAUGACCGAUGA